GCGGCCGCGCGGGGCGGGGGCGCCCGACGGCGUCGGAGGGCGCGGCGGCGCGAGGCCUGAGGGAGGGGACGCGAUGCUGGAGACCCUGCGCGAGCGGCUGCUGAGCGUGCAGCAGGAUUUCACCUCCGGACUGAAGACUUUGAGUGACAAAUCAAGAGAAGCAAAAGUAAAAAGCAAACACAGGACUGUUCCACACUUACCAAAGUACUCGGCUGGACUGGAAUUACUUAGCAGGUAUGAGGAUACAUGGGCUGCACUUCACAGAAGAGCCAAGGAGUGUGCAGACGCUGGCGAGCUGGUGGACAGCGAGGUGGUCAUGCUGUCUGCUCACUGGGAGAAGAAGAGAACCAGCCUGACCGAGCUGCAGGAGCAGCUGCAGCAGCUGCCAGCUCUCCUCCAGGACUUGGAGUCCCUGAUGACAAGCCUGGCUCAUUUAGAGACGAGUUUUGAAGAGGUAGAAAACCACCUGCUGCAUCUGGAGGACUUGUGUGGGCAGUGUGAGCUAGAAAGACACAAGCAGGCCCAGGCCCAGCACCUGGAGAAUUACAAGAAAAGUAAGAGGAAGGAGCUUGAAGCCUUCAAAGCUGAACUAGAUGCCGAGCACACACAGAAGGUCCUAGACAUGGAGCACACCCAGCAACUGAAGCUGAAGGAGCGGCAGAAGUUCUUCGAGGAAGCUUUCCAGCAGGACAUGGAGCAGUACCUGUCCACGGGCUACCUGCAGAUCGCAGAGAGGCGAGAGCCCAUGGGCAGCAUGUCAUCCAUGGAAGUGAAUGUGGACGUUCUGGAGCAAAUGGACAUGAUGGACAUCUCUGACCAGGAGGCUCUCGAUGUCUUCUUGAACUCUGGCGGAGAGGACAAGAUUGUGAUGUCCCCUGGUGUGGAGAUGGAAUCCAACCCCAUUCAGAAUGAAAUGAGUCUUCAGAUUCCAAAUCCCUCAGAAUCAGCAUCCCAUCCACCUGCCUCACCCUCUGCCUGCACUGACCUGGACACUGCUGAUGCCCCCCUCAUCCAGGCUGAUGAGGAGGAGGUACAGGUCCCCAUGGCGUAAGCUGGAGUCACAGCAGAGUGGCUGAGCAGUGACAUGGACGUGCCUCUGCAGCUCCACUCCCUGGCCUAAGAGAGGACUUGCAGCCCCUGCCCCACUGACCAAAGAAAGCCCGAUCCCUUCCCACAAGACAGACCAAACGUCCAAAAAACUUGUUUUUAUUAUUAAACCUUGUAGUACAAACCUGAAAAGUAAACAAAGAACUGGCAAUAAACCACACAGAGCCUCCCUGCGGGAGGGGUGCAGAGCAGCGCUAAUAAAUUAAAUGUCAAACUGUAAGCCAUAGGCGAAAGUUUACUGUCAAAAAGAGGGAAAGUACACAGCAAGGCCAUAAAAACUGGACAACCACAUUGGAAAACACUCGACUGUUAGGUAAUCAUUAAAUAUUCCAAAACAGUUCCGUCUUCUGCAACAACAACCACCAAAGUGGAUCCUAGGACUCUUCUGGCAGUCACCACUGGCAAGCUCAGUGCAAUAUGGGUAGCUACGGACUGAUCCAAUUAUGAAACAAAGAACAGCUUGUGAAAACAGUUUCCCUUUUUUAUUCCACACAUACUGUACACACAACCGGAGAAGGGCAACAGCUACUCCAUUACCAUGUUCUGUUGUUGUUGAGUGAUGUAAGCAGCACUUAUAAAUGUUACAAGAAAAACCCUGUAAGCAUCCAAUCCAGCCGAUGAAGAAACUGAAAUGUAAGGCUUUUCUUCAUCUUUUCUCACCCCUUCCCUCCCCCCACCAAGAAAAGGCUCAAGUAUUUAAAACAAUUUACAGGAGUAUGUACAAAAGGGAUGGGACUUUUUUCUUUUUUUUUCUUUUUUGUUAAAACAUGAAGAGAAAAAAUAGACAAGAUGAGCACAGAUGUGUUUUCACAUUCAAAAAGAACUGCAGACUUAGUGGCUCUACAUGUGAGGGACACAAACAUUAAUGCUGAUGUGUGAGAGACACAAGCAGAGAUGGAGGUGGGAUGUCGGGAAAUUGCACAUGGAUGACAGGGAAGCACUUACAGUCAACUGCUGUUUCCUUUCCUCAAGGAUGCUAUCAAAGGGUUUUUUUGUUUUUUGUUUUUUGUUUUUUUUUUGAUAAAGUAGCCAACAGCACCAAAAAAAUUAACAGAAUGGAUUUCCUAAUGAAAUCAGGCACAGGUCUCCCUCAGUGACCCUCCAAGGCAGGCAGUCUUUGUCUUUGUCCUCUCUCCCCCUCGAACGGAUGCAUAGUGAUGUGCUGGUAUGAGAACCUCAGUCACUCGAACCUCACAUUUUGCCUUCAGCUGCCAUAACCGCCCAGCCAAACAAACACGGCUCUCCGGUUCCAAAAGUUACAAACUCCCCUCGUACAUGACAGAAGAAAAGACAGUCAAAGUAAAGCCAUUUCAAGUUUUCUUU